GUAUUUUGUGCUUGACAGAAAGUCAGCCCAUCUGUUUACUUGUCAUCAUGUCGCAGUAAACCAGUAAUUAAUCUAUUACUAACCGGGUUUAACUUGGUCAACGGACAGUCGGUGUCAGUAGUUUUUAACAGCAGAAUGGAGACGUUUAAUAAGCUAACCAACAUGCUGUUGCACGCGCUGGAGACGAGGGAGCCCACUCUGGACCUGGUGAAUUCCUUUGUUGAUCACUGGAAAUCAAUAACUAACUAUUAUAUGACAACUACAGAUGAUAAUCGUCCUGUCAAACAGACUGAUAUUCCCUGGUGUCUUAGACAGAUGUUGGACAUCUUAGUGUAUGAGGAAAAACAGCAGGGUGUGGAGGAGGCAGGCGCUUGUUUGGAGUAUCUGCUACAGCACAAAAUACCAGAGACUUUGUGUACACUUGGGAAAGCACAGUAUCCUCCAGGAAUGUUCCAGCAGGUCUUGUUAUUCUUCUCUAAGUUGUUGUCUCAGAUGCAGAAACCUUUGCUGCACCUGGUGAACAUCCAUAGACCUGUCCAGAAGCUGAUUCGUCUCUGUGCAGUUCCUGGUUCCAAAACCGAGAAGGAUGAGGCUCAGUUCUUAUUGAUCAUCUGCUCCAGAGUCAAACAGGACCCACUCAUGCUUAGUUACGUCUUAGAGCUCCCAAAUGAACCAGCAGCCAAGAUUCCAGCCUCUGACCAACCACAGCUGUGUACCCAAGAGUCCAUCCACAGAACAGAGACACCACAAUCCUCCAGCCAAUCAGAUCCAUCUGUCUCCAGUACUGUCAAAUCAGAAAACAGUCUGCUCUCGGCUCUGCUGCAGCUCUCCAAGAGUCAGAGUGGCCCUGUGUGUCUGAAGGCCUAUGAGGGCCUCUUGUUGCUCUCUGGACUACAGUCUGGUCCCUCAGCAGACAUCCUGUCUAAUCAGACCCAGCUUGGGGAUCUGCUGGCUGGCCGACUGCUGGAGCUUUACUCCCUGCUGCCUCUGGAGAGUCUGGACCCUGGACAGGUGCAGAGCUGGCCUCACACACCGUGGAGUUCUCAGUUCUCUCGCUGCAGCUCAGACCUCAGUUCAGACUCUCCUGUUUCUGAUCAUGUGACCAACUUCUUCUGCUGGUUUGACUUCCUGGAUCACCUGAUGAAAGAAGCUCCACAGGUGUUGUCAGUGAAGUUGGCUCGUUGUGUUCAUCACUUGUGGUUGUCGGAUGCUAUUCAGUCUCAGCUGCUUCACACGUGUGAGCAGGUGGUCUUGGUCACUACCUCUGUCCUCUGUGCUGUUGUCAGACUGGUCCAGUCCUCUUCUUUGUUGGAUCAGCUGGUUCACUUUCUGUUGAGAAGGCAGACUCUGACACACCUGCUGCUGGAGCACUGUGACCACAUCUCUGACCAGAUCAGCAUGGUGUCUCUGUCACUGGUGGAAGAGUUACUACAGAAACCUCACAGGGAAAUUCUGAACAUCCUGGUGUUGGAUUUCCUACAGAGUCGGAGAUACCUGUCUCCACAUGCUGUAGGUGUGGACGACAGACGCACAGAGACCAGUGAGGACAGCGAUGACCUGGAAGACGACCCCUUCUUCUCUGACAGUCUGUUCUCAGACAGUCAGCUCCUUCCUCCUCCCCCUCCCCCUCCUCUUCUCCUCCUCUCUGGACCUGGGUCAUCUACUGAUGUCAUCAACAGUUUCCUGUGCCUGGUUCCUGUCCAGGUUCGAUCAGCUCAGCUGAUGAAGGAGGGAGGAUACGAGUCAUAUGUACACGACGCUCACACUAUGGUGACAAAGUGUCAGUCGCUCUCCCAGUCCUGGGAUUGGCCGCUCAGUCUUCCUCCUCCCUCCUACUCCUCAUCGGGUGAGGGGGAGGAGUUCUUCGAGGGUCACCUGUUCAAAGUUCUGUUCGACCGACUGGGACGAAUUCUCGAGCAGCCGUACGAGUUGAACCUGCAGCUGACGGCAGUUCUCUCCAGACUGUCGGCCUUCAAUCACCCACUGCUGCAUGAAUACCUGCUGAACCCCUACAUACACCUGUCUCCCUGCUCCAGGUCGCUCUUCUCUGUCCUCAUCAGGGUGAUGGGAGAGCUGAUGCAGAGGAUCCAGCAGAUCUCCAACCUGUCUGACAGACUGCUGGACACUAGGAGACACCUGCUGGGACUGAGCUACAACACUGGGCCGGAGCACCAGACUCUGUUGAGAGGAGUCAUUGUCCUGGAGGAGUUCUGUAAGGAGCUGGCUGCCAUCACAUUUGUCAAAUUGCCACUGGAGCAGAACUGACUCUCUCGCUGGAAUUACCUGCUGAUUCAUGUCUCGCAUUCUACAUUCUGGAAGAUUUGCAGUCAUGUGAUUCAACAACCUGGUGUCUACAUUUAAUGGUAACAGACGCAUCCUGCAUCAACCUGUUGGUGUCAGUGGUUGAUCCCAAUCAAGAUGGAGGAACAGAUAUUGGUGGGGGUUCACAAGUCCACGGGAUGACUGACACGGUCACUGAUGAUAAAUCAUCAAAUGAUCAUGUUUCCACUAAGGCUGUUUUUAUUUUUGAUUUAACAAACAAAUAUUAUUUAAAAUACCGAAGUGCAAUUCCACAGUUUUAUCCCAAAGAUGGAUCGGUAGUUGAACUGAUUGAUAUCGAGUCCAGUUAAAGCUAAACAGACGUGUGCAACCUUUUUUUAAAGUGUUUAAUGUCUUUAAUUUAAUGUAUUUAAUAUUCUUCAAUGUGUUUAAAGGUUCAAAAUGCAAAAGAGAAGCAGUAUAUCUGAGCAAAACUAACCCUGAUUAUGACUGUGUUGGAAAACAGACCAUUAUGUCAUGUAACAUUAUGUCAAGGAGGAGCAGAGCUUUCUUUAGGAGUAAAACCAGAGGAGCUGCAGUUAAGUGUAGCUCAUGAACUCAUAGUUACGACAUGUGGAGUCAUUUAGUCAUGUAGAGGACAUCCUGUGUACUCCUAGUGCCAGUCCCAAGCAUGGACAAAUGGGAGGGUUGUGUCAGGAAUAAAAACAUAAAAUAUACGAAUCACUGAAAAACCAGGUGAUCCACUGUGGCAAUCCCCAGAGAGAGACAAGCCGAAAUAAAUAUUAUGUACGGGGUUCAGCCGUUCUGACGGUACUCGAAUGCAACUGGCAGACAUCGGCCUUAUUGGUUCAGCACCUUGUUUACAGAUUGAACUUUGUGUACUGAUUGCAAAGAGAAAUAACCAUAAAUGUGACAAACAAUAAUGUUAUCAAUGAAUGAAACACUGUUUAUUUAGAUUUUUAUACAAAGCUCUUGUAGUUUCUCUUCAGGAGCGAGAACAGAACUGAUGUGAAUCAGUGUAAUUAUAAGCUUAAUUUUUAUCGGUGACAAUCAGAGUGAGUCAAAUGUAUGUGAUCUAUCAUGAUGUGAGUUGGUUGUUGUUGCCUCAGGAUUUUUGAGUCAGUUUGUGAAGGGUCUUCAGUGCCUCCUGCUGUUUUGUGACGUGUAACUGCAGCUCUGCAUCACUCCAACGCUUCAGCUGCAGUUUAACACCAAUACACUGGACGUUCAGUUUCUGGCUUUCACAAUAAAGGCACAGAAUGUCA